AUGGGUGAAGCAAGAAGUAGUAAGGCGGACUUAAUUGGCGAGAAUUAUCUGACUUGUUGUGUUUGUUUUGAACGAUACCAGAAUCCUAAAAUUCUACCAUGUCACCAUUCAUUCUGUGAGUUAUGUUUAACACAGUGGGUGGAAGAACAUGGUGGACACUCGUGUCCACUUUGCAGAAAAACGUUUCAGGACAUUGCUUUACAAGAACUGCCACCAAGUAUUGUUAUCAGUGGCGUCAUCGAAAUACUUGAGGGUACGAACCCGGAAAAAAAUGGCCCGAUAACAUGCAAUGGUUGCCAAGGAAGUCGAGAUUUAACACAGCGGUGUAUGGACUGUGCUGUUUACCUGUGCAAGCGUUGCGUUACAGCCCAUGGGCGAAAUCACAAUAUCGUGACAAUUCAAAGAGAAAGGUUAAACGUUGCACAUUGCAGUACUCAUAAAGGCAAGGUGUUAGAUUUAUUCUGUGAAACGUGCGUAGAAGCUGUUUGUAGUUUGUGUGUACCGGAAAAACACAACACGCAUGCUUUUUCAAAAGUGGAAACCGCCGCUGCCAAUUUUCUGUAUUGGUUGGAUCCUCAAAUUCGGGAUUUAAGUGCAAAAAUAAAGGAGGCACAUAAUACUAUAGAUCAGUUAACUACACGUGGACGGCAUGUUAAAAAAAAAAAGGAGGAAGCCGAAUUACAAAUAAAAGAGCAAACAGAACAUUCAAUACAGAAUGCAUUAUCAGUAAUAAGAAAGCAAGAAGAACGAUUGCUGAAAAACUUAGAACGUGAAUUUACCGAAGUCGAAACAAAAAUAAAAAAGGACACAGAAAGACUUCGAUCAAGCGUAGAUUUACUCAAAGCGUCUCAUGAAUACAUUGAUAAAGUGAAACAAUAUAGCAGCGCUGUGGAGGUUAUGAAAUCGCGUAGCCAGGUAAAAACCACAAUGGAAACGAUGCUGUCAUUAGACACAAAAUUAAAGAACACGCAAAUUCCGAAGUUUGUGCCAACUGAGCUAGAGAGUGAAAUAAAGGUAUUGUUUCAAAAUUUAAAAUCACGUCGGUCAUAA